AUGCUUAAAGCCGGCAUGCGACUCUUCCUUGUUGGCUGGGCUUUCUACGUGGCCCAGGCAAAGCUGGCCGUCGUCCGGGUGUUCUCGACAGCCGACGAAGUGAAUGCCUUGCUGCUGUCCACCACGACGUGGGAGAAGACCAGGCCGUGCGACCCUGCCAAGAUCUCGCAGCCCAUCGACUUGGUCCUCGUGUACAGCAAGGACAUCGAGUCGGAGAGGUACAUGGAUGCAACCCCCGACAAUGCGCACACCGUCGUGGCAACUCUCUCGGAGUUGUUCGCCAACAAGAGCUUGGGCUGGAUGUCAUGUUUCGCGGAAAUCAAGAACAUGUCCGUGAAGCUCACGCCGGAGGAGGACCAGUACGAUUUUCACGGUUACAGCAUGAACAAGCAUUGGGUCCAGGGCCCAAACACCGUGUUCACGAGCAUCAUGUCGGCCAUGCUCACGGGAGACCUCCGCGGGUAUGAUUCCUUCUUCCUCAUGGAGAUGGAUGCGGUGCCCAUCAAGGCCGGAUGGCUGGAGCAGUUCGAGAAAGAGGCUUUGGAGAUGCCCACGCAGAACAUGGCCAUCCGUGGCAGCAAGUACUUGGGCCACAAGUGGGAUGCUUUCAAGCACCUGAUGCCGGCCCAUGUGGUCGAGCACAUCAACGGCAAUGCCAUUUACAACUUGAAACAUCCGUGGCUCAAGUUCUUGCACGACACCUUCACCGGGGAAGGCAACGUUCGCAUGACGGAGGGCAUGGCCUUCGAUGUGGCGUUCGCCAUGAUCACUCAGGCGGCCAUGGACGGCACAGAGCAGGAGCUUGCUGCAGCUUUCUCCCAGAGCAAGGGCACCGAUUCGACUUACUCCGGGGACUCGAUGCUCAUUGGCAACUAUGCCAACACGCUCUUGAAUCACAGCUUCGAUGUCCCUACCUACAUUCGCCAUGGCUCUGACAGAAAUCUGUUCCACAGCCUCGCAGAAGACCAGGUCACUUUGGGAGUGGCGGUCUAUGACCAAAGCACAGGUCACAUCAUGAACACCACUCGGAGCAACCACCCCUUCAAGAACAUCCUGAUGCUUCAGUACUUCCCCGGUAAGAAAGCCACGGAGAAGAUUGCUUCCCCGAGCGGCGAGGUCAUGGUGACCACGCAGCAGGCAACGCAGGAGCCCCACAUGCAUCUGUGUGAGGUCGCCAAGUUGGCGACGACGCCGUGGUUCGCUCUUACCGACAACUACCAUGUCAUCAAUGCACCUGCGACUGGGUCUUACCAGUACCUGUCCGUUUUUCAGCGCAUUAAAGUUGAUAUGAGUGGGUCUCAAGAGUCAAAUAUGUGGGAGCCGAAGGUCACAGUGCUCAUGGACCACUCGGACCCGCAGAUGCCUGUCCCCGUGAUGCCAUAUGCCCAUGGCUGCGAGCGAGCAGAUUGCCAGGCCUCUCUAGAUCAGGCCUCGGACCUCUUUGGCGUUCACUUGGAGUACCACCAUGAUCCGUAUGAGCUGCUCUUCAGCACCAGGGACGCCAGGGACUUCUGCUCUUCCUGGCAGCAAGCAGCAGGCAGCAAGAGCUGGAAGUCCUGCGAGCUCGCGUAUGGCCCGACGGCCGAUGACUACAUCGCCUGGAAGAUCAGCACGAACGACAAGGCCAACCUGAUUGCCACCCCCAAGAACAAGGCCCUGUAUGGUUGGAGGGCAUGGACGCAACGGAGGACGCCUGCCCCGAUGGACAUGCGACAGUGCCGGGUGCAAGUCUAUGGACUCGUCGAGUACCACCAUGCCCUCGGGAACAUCACAACGUGCGGCCAAUAUAUCGAGAAUAAGGCCGAGAAUGUGCACGAAGACCCCGUUCACUUCAUGCAGCUCUCCAACAGCAGCAAGCAGGGGCCACUGCACUGGGCCAUGGCCAUGCAACUGGUUUUAAAGUCCGUUCUGAUUACCGGAAGUGUCGUGCCGAACCUGGUACUCUGUGCAAAGCCAUUCAUUGGUGACCAUCUUUCUGCCAGAGGCACACAAUACGUUUUGAAACACUCCGUUGUUCUGCGCCGUCGGCAGAAUGGAUGCGCACGAGAGAGGCCUGACCUGCUGAGAAUAGCGGACGCAGGGUCGACAUCACCCAUGUUCGUCAUAUUCUCCUGCCGCCUUCCCUUGUCGGUCCGACCGUCGGCAAAAGGGUCUGCGGUUUGCACAGUCCGAAUGGCUCCUGGCACAGGGCACAGGGCCGCCUCGAGAUCUGGCAAGUUGAGUGGUCUCACGGGAACUUUGACGACAGCAAGCAUCCUGCAUGGGCCGGAAUCUCCGGGUGGCUCUCCUUUCUCAGCUGACCUCAGUGUCGGCUCCGCUCAAGAAGGGCGACUCUUCCUUGUUGGCUGGGCUUUCUACGUGGCCCAGGCAAAGCUGGCCGUCGUCCGGGUGUUCUCGACAGCCGACGAAGUGAAUGCCUUGCUGCUGUCCACCACGACGUGGGAGAAGACCAAGCCGUGCGACCCUGCCAAGAUCUCGCAGCCCAUCGACUUGGUCCUCGUGUACAGCAAGGACUUUGCGUCAGCACGGGGGGAGGGAUCAUAUGAGGCGCAGGGGUGCGCCGGCUGCGAUUUGGCGUUGGCGGGGCCUGGUGCGUGUUGCCAGAUCUGCCAGAAGGAAGUCCAAGACGUGCAGUUUUUUUUCUUGUGGCUCGAAGAGCUAACUGUGCUUGAGGCGCUGGCAGGCCGCUUGAGUUGGCAGCGAUCUUUGGCGGGCUCGUGGACACAGAUCCCAGCCAGCUUCUCCCUGGCGUAA